AUGAUCAAGACCCCAGGUAGCCGACUAUCGCAAUAUCGCAACAUCGUAAUAUUCGAAAAGCGCAACAUUCGAGAUAGGAUCAGCGGCCGGGUCGCCGGCGCGAGCAGGCUCGUCGCAAGUCCGGACUCCCAGGCGACAUUCCAGGGCAGCGCGCCGUCGAGGGUCAAUUCACACACCCAUACUUCGCAGUUCUCACUGUCGUUCACCGAGUCCGCGGAGUUCAUCAGCCCGCUCAAGUUGGACGACUCGUGCCAGCCCGCACGGCUGCAGAACUGGGACAGAAUCCAGACGUUCCACGUGCCGCGAGCCACGGGGCUGCUGACGCAGACCGUGGGACAGCAGCGCGGCGGGUUCCGCUUCCUGACGAUUGUGAGUGCGAGCGCGGACCCGCUGACGAUCUCGAACAUCUCGCUGGCGAUCACGUUCAUGCCCCACUGGGAUGAUCUCAGGGCGUACCCGGGCUACUUCUUUGCACCUGACCCCGGGUUCCACGACAUCGACUUCCUCACGAAGAUCUGGCACUAUAGGGUGCAGACCAACACAAUCCCUCCCCACACGGCGCGACAGGAGCCGUGCCCAGCAGGAGGUGGCUGGUCCAACGAUGCCUUGGGAGGAGCUGCCACUGGGCCUAUCCUCGUCGAUGGUGCAAAACGCGACAGGAACAUCUGGCCAGGCGACUGCGGCAUCUCCACACACACGGAGCUCGUCGCGCUGAGCGACAUGGAGCCGACCAAGAACUCGUUGAUGGUGAUGUUCCGCACGCAAAACCUGACGACUGGCGCGCUGCAGUACUCCGGGCCGCCGCUGAACAACCAGGGAAGCGACACGUACAUCUCGUGGUCGCUCAUUGGGACGCACAACUACUUCCUGUACACGGGCGACCUCGAUUUCAUCAAGUCUGUCUGGGCGAACUACACCAAGGCGGUUGGCUUCCUUGAGGGCCAGGUGGACUUGACCGGCCUGAUGAACGUCUCGUCUGCGCUCUCGAACGACUGGGGCAGGGCCAGCGGCGCCGGACACAACUCUGCGGCAAACGCGUUGCUUUAUCGCACGCUCGUCACCACGGCGGACCUGGCGACGCAUCUCGGCAAUGUCUCCCUCCCCGCCACAUACCUCGCCAACGCGACCAAGAUCAAAACUGCGUUCAACAGCCUGCUGUGGGACGCCGCGGCGGGCCGGUUCCGCAGCAACGACCUGCCGAGGAGCAUCCACCCGCAGGACGGCAACGCGCUCGCGGUCCUGUACAACCUCACGACAUCGGACGCACAGAACAAGGCCGUGAGCGCCGGGCUGAUGAAGUUCUGGACGCCCAUCAGGCCGUGGCUUCGAGCGCAUUUUGUGGCCGGCAAGGGCGAGCGGGCAAUUGAUCUGAUCGAGCGCGAGUGGGGGUACAUGCUGGAAACCAACUUGAGUGUCAAGUCGCCGCUGCUAGAGGGCUUCUCGGCCAACGGAUCGCUCGGGAGCACACGGAAACCAGUCGAGCAACAGAUCGGGCGCAAGAACGAGUUCAAAUUCGCACGACGGACGGCUUAA